AUGGAGCCAGCACCUGAGGAGGCCGGAUCGGCAUCUAAGCCGCACCAUACCUCCUCCCCACCCUCAGAUACCCAAACCGCCCCCGCACUCCGACCCGAGACCGAUAACGCUCGUGACGAUCCCAAUCCUACCCUUACAACCAUACACAGCAGCCAUGGCCAGCCCCAGAGCUCCGCCUCCUCCACUUCGACAACAUCCCGCCCCGUCUCCGCCGUAGUACCACCCUACUGGCGCCGACACGAGCGCAAUGCCUCACACGUCUCGCAAUCGUCACUGCGUGACGCUGCUCGCAUCACUCUAGAAGAUCACACCGCCGACCCGAACUCCGAGACGAGUCGCGGGCUCUGGGCGAGUAGCGUUGCUAUUGAAGAUCAUGUUGUUGUACGGGGUAUGACAGGGGUCGGGUCUUAUGUUGUUUGGAAUUGCAGGAUUCAGACACUUGAUGGUGGCCCGAUUGUUAUUCGGAUGAGAUACUCCGAGUUCGAUGACCUGCGUCAGCGGCUAGUUGCUUCUUUCCCGCAUGCAAGGAAUGCAUUGCCUGCAUUGCCGCCGAAGAGUGUUAUCUAUAAGUUCCGGCCUAAGUUCCUGGAAUCAAGGCGUGUGGGGUUGGAGUAUUUCCUCAACUGUGUCCUCCUAAACCCGGAAUUCUCGGGCUCUCCUAUCGUCAAAGACUUCCUUUUCGGUCGGAUCUGUUAA